GUUAUGAACUUUUAAAAACUGAUUUAUGUUCUUUUUGCAGGCAGCUGGGAUUACCUAGUUCAUUUACGAACUCUGUGGAUUUAUCACCAUCAGCUCACUAUAAUAGGUGUUAUAGUUUACCAUACUUGUCAGAAAAACAGAAGACCGUUUGUGCUAACUUUAAUAGGAUAUUACCUGUAUUGGGAAGAGGUGCUAAGAUGGCAAUGGACGAAUGCCAGCACCAGUUCAGGCACACGCGAUGGAACUGCACCACGUUCCCCGACAAUUCUUCAGUCUUUGGCAACGUCGUAUCGUUCAAAAGCAGAGAAACCGCAUAUUUAUCUGCAAUAUCAGCCGCUAGUGUAGCAUUUGCGGUAACGAGAGCUUGCUCAAAAGGAGAACUCAAUGAGUGCUCUUGCGAUCCAACGGUGAGACAAAGAAAGCCAAGAAAUUGGCAAUGGGGUGGUUGUUCAGAACACAUCCGAUUCGGAGAAGAUUUCAGCAAGAACUUCUUAGAUAUUCGUGAAGAUACCACAUCCGCAAUAGGAUUAAUGAAUCUUCAUAAUAAUGAAGCAGGAAGACGAACGAUUAAAUCCAGAAUGCAACGUGCUUGUAAGUGUCAUGGUAUGUCUGGAUCUUGUAAUAUGAGAGUUUGUUGGCGAAGGCUUCCACCGUUUAGAGAAGUAGGAGAGGUCCUGUAUCAAAAAUACGAAGGAGCGUCUCACGUGAAGUUUGUAGAAAGGAGAAGGAAGAAGUUAAAAGCUGUCAGUGCUGAUUUAAAGAAACCGAGUAAAGCCGAUUUGGUGUAUUUGGAUGAUUCACCCGAUUAUUGCGAAAAAAAUGAAACUUUAAGCAUUCUUGGAACACGUGGACGGCUUUGUAAUAGAACUAGCGCAGAUAUGGACGGCUGCAGGUUACUUUGUUGCGGUAGAGGAUACCAAACGAGGGUACGAGAAGUGAAAGAAAAGUGUAAUUGCGCUUUCCAAUGGUGUUGCAAAGUGGUCUGUCAGACUUGCGAGUACAAGAAAGAAGAACACGUCUGCAACUGAACUGAUCAAAGUAAAAAUCAAACCCACGUCGUAGUAAAUCGAAUUCGAUUCGCAUACGUCUCGUCAUUUUUUUCACGUAGUCGCAUCUCGUACGUCCAAAGUAAUCAUUUCCCUUGUUCGAUUUUGUCCACUCUCUCCGUUCGUCGAUCGUUGUAUAUUUAUUUAUAUAAUAAUAAUGGUGAUUAAAACGAAAAGUUCGCACUCUCGUAUAGGAAUCUCUUUUUACAUAGUGUAAUAAUUAUUACGGAGGAGUAAAUGUGUAUUAUUACUAUUGUCGACGCUAUUUAUAUAGACACUUGUACAUAUAGAUACUUUUUAAUAUGCUCGGAUAGGUAUGUACUUAAAUCACUUACUGUGUAGAAACUUUUUAUAAGUUACUUUGUACAUAUUAUAAAACGUACUUGUCUCUUUCCUCUAUAUCUCACUUUAUCUUUACCUUUCAUACUCUUAGUAAUCGUGUAAUUUAUAUAUGUGGUGUAUAAAUAUCAUCUUUUUGCCUUGGAAAUCUUUACAUCGAAUCCAAAUCAUCAUCAUAGUCUUUGCCUCUUCAUCGCAUCAUCAUUCUUUGAAAUAUAUCUUAAUGUGCCAUAUACAUAAGUGGAUGUAUCUUGUAUAUGUAUAACGUUGUGAAAAGUUUCUUUUUCUCUA